AUGAACACUCAAUUGUAUAUUAUACAUAAAUAUGCAUCUGAGAAUACUCUACAACCAAGUCUGAACCCAAAAAAUAAUAGUUGGAAAGACACUGAUUAUUUGACGAACGAUUAUCAAAAUGGAGCUUAUUUCAUUAAUUGUGAAUCAUCAACAAAAAAUUAUAUAACUUUAGAUAAAGUCACAAAAUAAGUUUCAAAUUGUGAUUAUGAAAGUAAAUUUUAUUGUAGUUAUAAAUGUUUAAUAUCCUUUGAUUUAUAUUUUUAAGGUACUUGGUCGAAUAAAGAAUUAAUAUUUAAACUUUAUAAUGAGAGCUACAAUCUUUAGUUUACACCAUCUGGGAACUCCUUAUAAAAUUAAGAAUUUUGUGAAAAUGCAGAAUACGAAAUUUAAUAAAUAAAUAUAACCAAAACUAAAAAUUCUACCUUAAAUUUCACAUUUUCAAUAGAUGUGUAAGGAGAUGAAAAAGUAUCUUUAAGAAAUAUAUAUCUUCUAAAUUACUAACUUAAUUGUCAUCCAAGAUGUAAAGAGUGUUCAGGACCUGGAUAUAAUUAAUGUUAAAAAUGUUAUUAUGGAAAUCCUGAAAAUCAAAUUUGUCCUCCUUGUCCUGACGGUUACUAUUAUGUAAAAUACAUAGGUUGCUAAUCAAAAUGUAAUCCAUUUAAGCAAUAAUGUUUAAAUGAAUUUUGUCAAUUAUGUUCAUGUAAAAUAAUUAAUUUAUUUUAGCAUCUUUAUUAUACUCUACGAAUUUUUCAAAUUAUCAUGAAUGGAUCUUUUGGUCGAUAAUUUAUGAUGACAAUUAAGAAAAACCUUCUAUGUUUUGGUUAAAUAAAUUGAAUUAUGGUAUUUUUAAAAAAAAUUCAGGUUUAUCUAGAUUUAUAAAUAAGAUUGAACCUAAAAAUGGACAUUACAUAUAAAUUAAAAUAAGCUUAAAUAUAUUUAAUGAUUUACCUGUUGAUUGUGGUAUUAAUUUUUAAUUUAAUGAAACUUAUUAUGGGUCAAUAUAUAACUAAAGUUCAAAUAUCCAAUUGGAUAAUUUUACUUCAAUAAAUUGUACAAAACAUGAAAUUUCUUACUAACCGUAUUAAAGAUAUUAAUUUUGUGAUAUAAUAGGUUGGUUUGAUAUUCCUCACUAUCCAUUUUUAUUCACUGCUAUUGGAAAUUUGAGGUAAGUAUUAAUAUAAAUUAGUAAUAAUGAUAACGUUGGCUGGGCAAUAAUAGGGAUAAAAGUAACAUCACAUUAUUGUACUGAUCAUUGUGAAGAAUGUGAUGUAUAUUAUAAAUGUAAAAAAUGUUAAAGUCCUUAUUUAUUAUAUCGAGAUGGUACUUGUAUCUAAAAAUGUGACAAUCUGUAUUAAUAUAAUAAUGGAACUUACUGUAAAGAUUUUGAUGAUGAAACAAGAUGUAUAAAUAUUUAAAUAUUUCACCUUAGAUUCUGAACUUAUGAUAAGAGAAAAUAUAAACUAUACUUAUGAAUACAACUCUUAAUACAAUCUUAUAUCUUCAAAUGGAACUAAUUUCUUGAAAGGAAUAAAUAUACAUUACUCAUUUUGGAAUGGAUUUCUAAUAUUUGGAGGUUCUUAUAUUUGGGCUUAAGCUAAAUUCGAAAGAUUUAUUGAAAUUAGUAGACCGCAUCACAGUAUUUCUAUAGCAUUCUAUAUUUUAUAUGGCUCUAAAUUUCCAGAACAAAGUUAAUUUAUAUAUACUAUAGAUUAAGUUUCAUUUAUUAAGAAAAGAAAUUAAGCAAAUAAACAAAACCAUGAUGGAACUUUUACAGAUAUAAUAAUUGAAAAAAUAUAACAUACUAAAAACAACUUAAAUAUCACUUUUGAAUGUUAGGGAGAUAAUGAACCAAUAAAAGCUUUUUGUGGAUUAUACAAUUUCUACUUAGCAGUUCAUUAUUGUUAACCUAACUGUUAAAAUUGUACAGAUGAGAACAUUUGUACAGUAUGGAAUUAGACUGAUUUGGCAAACUACAAUUAUUGUUCUUAGACAAAUUGUCUAACUAAUUAAUAUUAUGAUUUUGAAUAAUCAUUAUGCAAGAAUUGCACUUCUUCAUGUGAAACAUGUAAAACAUAAAGUUCUUGUUCUACAUGUAAACCUACAUAUACAUUAACAAAUUUAGGGUGUUUUUGUGUUAAAAAUUAAUAUGAAGAAUCCGAAGAAUGUAAGGUUUGUCCUCCUGAAUGUAAAUAAUGUUUAAGCAAUUCAUAUUGUUUUGAAUGUUUUGAUAGUAUAAACAUGAAAUUGAUAAGUGGAGUGUGCGAAUGUAUAAGUGGAAAUUUUAAAUCAACAAAUAAAUUAUGUGAAUCGGAGGUUCAGGACUUAUGUGAUUCUAAUUGUAGAAAAUGCAAAUAGGGAAACUGUUAGGAAUGUGACGAAUAUUGGUAUUAUGAUCCUAUUGAGAAAAAGUGUAAAGAGAAAUGUGGAGAUUCUAAACAAUUAUCAAGUGAAAAAUGUGAAACUAGCUCGAUAUUACCCUACAGAGGCUGCUUAAAUUGUCAACCAAGAUGUUAAUCAUCAUGUAAAUUGUGUAGUACAGAUGGCAUAGGUUGUCAAAAAUGCAAUUCAGGUUAUUCAUUGAUUGAUAAAUAAUGUUAUUCUAAUUGCGGGGAUUAGAUAAUUACAGAUGAUGAAUAGUGUGAUGAUGGUAAUUUGAUAUAUGGGGAUGGAUGCCAUUUUUGUUAAUAUAGCUGUGAAGAUUCAUGCUAAGAUUGUAUUAAUGGAAUUUGUUUUAACUAUAUAUUAAAUCAUCCAUUAACUUAACUUUAAUGUAAUCCAUCAUUAGGAAAUGAAAUUGAGAAUAAUUCAUAAUUAUGCAAUUUAAUUGGAAGCUUAUAUCUUUUUAGUGAAAUUUACAAUCCUGAUUUUGCUUGUGAUAUAAAUUGUCAGGAUUGUUUUUUUAAAACAUGUUAUAUAUGUAAUCACAAUUAUUUACUUUCUAUAAAUUCUCAAUAAUGUAUUUAGAUAACUUCUAUUUUUGAUAACACUUUAUAACAUUGCUUAAUUAAAGUUGACAAUUUUUGUUAAAAAUGUUAGGAUUAUGCUUAUUUUGAUAUCUCAGAAUAAAAAUGUAAAACAACAUUCAAUAUGAACUAAUGUUAAAUUUAUAUAUUACUGUAAGCAAAUGAAUUUUGUAAUUAAUGCUUUUAAAAUUGUAUGAAAUGUUCCUAAAACAGUUGUAUAAAAUGUAAUUAGGGAUAUUAUGUUGAUUAAGAUUUUCAAUGUUAACCUGAGUGUGGAGAUGGAAUAUUAACAAGCGAUGAAUAAUGUGAAAUGAAUGAUUAAAAUUGUUUAGGUUGUGAAUAUUAACGAUUUUAAUAUUGUUAAUAUUAGCACUAAGAGUUAUGUCUUUAAUGUUAAAAAGGGUUUUAUUAUAAUUUUAUAACUAAACUUUGUGAAUCUAUAUGUGGAGAUGGAUUGAAAGCAGAAGAUGAGGAUUGUGAAAUCGUUCCGAUUGUUGAAAUCAAUAAAUGUCGAUAAUGUAAAUAUUUUUGUGGUGAUGGUUGUAAAUCAUGCAAUAAUGGGGUUUGUGAAUCAUGUAAUUCAGAAUAUAUAUUAGUAAAUAAUCUUUGCUUAAUUCUGAAUAUAAAUUAGGGUUAUUUGAAUUAAAAUUUGUUCUAAGAAAGUAAUGAGGAACUUAUAUCACAUUGUCUUCCUAAUCAAGGAUAUUAUAUUCCACUUGCAUUUAAUUAAUGUAUACCUAUAUGUGGGGAUGGUAUAAUAAAUAUAAAUGAAGAAUGUGAUGAUAUAUCUUAGGUAUGUUUUAAUUGUAGGUUUUAAUGUCCUUUAAAUUGUUUAAAAUGUUCAUUUGGUUAAUGUCUUUAAUGUAUUGAAGGAUUCUAAUUAUCAAAUAAUGAAUGUAAAACAAUAUGUGGGAAUCAAAUCAUCAAAUAUGAAAAAAUAUGUGAUGAUAAAAAUGACAUUUAAUUUGAUGGAUGCUAUAAAUGUUAAAAUAAUUGCUAAAUUGAAUGUCUUCUUUGUCAUAAUACUACUUGUUUAUAAUGUAUAAAAGGAUGGAACUUAAGAGAAGGAAAAUGUUAUUAAAUUUGUGGAGAUGGUUAAUUAGCUAUUCUGUCUAUUGAAGAAUGCGAUGAUCUAUAAGACUUGAAUUGUCGUAAUUGUAAGCUAUAUAAAUGUAAUUUAUUUUGCAAACUAUGUGACAAUUAAUAAUAAUGUAAAAUUUGUCUAGAUGGUUUUGAAUUAAUAAAUAAUAAUUGUAUCAGUGUAUGUGGUGAUGGCAUAAUUAUUAAUGGAUUUGAAGAGUGUGAUGAUGGAAAUGAUAUUUAAUUUGAUGGAUGUUAUAAUUGUAAAUACUCAUGUACAUAAGGAUGUUUGGACUGCUAAAAAAAUAAUGUUUGCUUAAAAUGUUAAGAAGAAGAGUUUUUUACGCUCAAUAACAAAACUCAAUAAUGCUAUUCUUAUUAUAAUGAAGAAGAUUUAGAUAAUGAAUAUAUAGAUGAUCAAGAAUUCCCAAACCAAAAUAAUGUUCAAAUCAUUAAUAUUAAUGAUAUUUAAGAUGAAGAUACUCAAACAAAUCAAAGUGAUGUUUUAGAAUCCAAAUAUAAUUGUGGAAACGGGAAACUAGAAUAUUAUUUUAAUGAAGAGUGCGAUGAUGGAAAUAUAAUUGGAGGAGAUGGAUGUUCAAAUAUUUGUAAGAAUGAGUUUUCUUUUCAGUGUAAAGGAUACGAAUGCUCAUUUAUUAAACCGCCUGAUUUUAAGUUAAAAUUACUAACAAAUACUUAGAGCUCUAAUUCAAAUCAAAUCAUAGAACUCACUUUUUUGCAGGAAGUUAAAUUGAAUCAAACUUAAAGAAUAGAAGAUAUAGCUAAUUUUACAAUUUAACCAGAUAUUCCAUAUAAUUUAACCAUUAUUCCAAUUAUAAUUCUAUCUACUGAAUUAUAAAGAUCUCAUUAUCAAUUUAGUAUUCAAUUUUAAUAAAGUGUAACCGACCCAAAAUUUACUAUAACAUUCAAAUAUUUUACUAUUACUAACUCUUAUAAUAUUACACUGUCGAAACAUCAAUCAAGCAUUUAAGUUGGAAAUCCUAUUGUUCUAUCAUAAUCCACUAAAAAAAAGGUAUCUUAGAUCAUUUGGAUGAAUGAUGCAAUUAUUUAUAUUAUGAUAUGCAUCUCAGUAAUAUCAAUUUUAUUAGGCAAUCCAAUUAUGCUCUUAAAUUAAUUAGAAUUACUGUAAUCAUUCUCUUACAUUAUAUAUGUGUAAUAUCAAUUUCCUCCUCAUUUUUAAUAAUUUCUUGAAUUAUAUUCAAAGAUUUCAUUAAAAUUAAUUUUAGAUUACUUAUAAAUUGAUUAAUUAUUAGCUUAUUUAAAUGGAGGAGAAUUCCCAUAUUCAGAUAACACAACUUCAUAAAAUAACAAUUCUCAAUAGUUUAAUUAAUUAUUUCUUGUCAAUGCAAAAGGCUGUUAUAUUUCAGUCUUAAUUUCAUAUUGUACCUAUUUAAUUUAUUAAUUGAUAACAUCAAAAUAUACAGAUAAUUUCCUUAAAUAAAUUAUUUUAUCUAAUCAAGAAAACAUCAGAUUGUUACGAUUGAUGCGUUUAUUCUAAAAAAAAAUUCAAUAGAAAUGCUUAAAAUUGAAACAUGAAUACUUUACUAAAGAUAUUUUUUAAGUUUAUUUAACAAUACUUCAUUAACUCCUAUUUAGUAUAUUUAUUUAAUUUCCAAACUAUAGUUUUCAAUCAUUUUUUGAAGUAAUUAAUUCAAUAAACUCUUUAUUUGCUUUGGGAUUGAUAAUGUUUGUUAGUUUUAAAUCACUUUCCAUUACAUCCUAAAAAAUAAAAAAUAAAACAAAAUGGAAGUUUUUUUUUGAAUAAUCAAAGUCUCAAUUUUGGGCUGCUAAUUUUAAAACAUUCUAAAUAUAUCGUGUAACCUCUUAUAUAUUUGUAAUUGUUUUUUUGAUGAAUGAACCUUAAAUUUAAUCAAUUUUUCUCUCAAUUCAAUCUUUAACUUAUUUGAUUUAUUUGUGUAGAGAACAGCCAUUAAAAUAAAAGAGUGAAUCUAUCAAAUUAUUAAAUAAAGAAUUUCUUUUCUUCUUGACUGUGAGUACAUUUUUAAUUUAUAGUUUUGAUUUAACUGAAGAUUAACUCUUAAAAUGCGGUUGGAUUCAUAUUUCUAUGUUUACAAUAAUAUUAGGGACAUGCCUAUUAGUAGAUAUGUAUGAAUUAAUAAGUAAAGUUUAUUCUAACUAUCUGAAAAACAAAUUAAAGAGGGAAUAACAAUUACCAAGCAAUAUAAAUAGUUCUCCUUUAUUUUUCCCUUCAUAGAAAGUUGAGAAUCUUGAAAAAGAAAUAUCAGCGGAUCAAUUAAAUUUAAAUGAUAGUAAUAAAUGA